UGUUCCUAUGCCCAGAGUCUUAGCUAGGAAGAGAGAGCGCCCCCGGUGUUGAGUGCUGCCAGAACUUUGUGUCUUCGCGGCGGCACUCCAAGACACACCCGGUCUUGGAAGGAAAGACGUCAGGAUAGAGCUACCGAAGGCGUCUGGAUGUCUCUGAAUCCUGACGCUUCAACCCCUUUGGCCUCCAGCAGCUCGUCUUAAGGGGCGGGGCUCCCGCUGCUCUCCCGGCGCGUCUACACUUUGCUCCGUUGGUGAUUUGGAACCGGGAGAGGGAGGGUCAUCCUCGAGUCUCCGAGAGAUUGGCAGUCAGAUUUCUGAGUUUUUGAAAUAGAGAAAUGCAUUCGGGUGGAGAAUGGACAGACGCCUAGCUCUUCAGGGAACAGGUCAUGGGCGUUGGGUUUCUAGGUCCUACAGGGUGACACUGGAGAAUGGAAGUGGAGGACAGGCUGGAGGAGUGAAAUCUGGAUUUACAGUGGGGCAGCUAGGAAAGGGUGUUGUCGGGUGUGGUAGCGCAUGCCUUUAAUCUCAGCGUUCUGGGAGGCAGAGGCUCUCUGAGUUCCAGACCAGCCAGGACUACACAGUGAGACCCCGCCUUAAAAAAAGAAGCAAACAAAAAGUCUUGCGUGUUCCCUGACCCAUGUCUUUCCCCACAUCUUGCUUUCCAGCAAUGCCUCUGCCGCAGGGUGACGUGACUGCCUUAUUCCUGGGGCCUCCGGGCUCGGGAAAGUCCGCGCUGAUCGCCGCGUUAUGCGACAAGAAUGUAGACAUGGUAGAGAUUCCUGAAGGACGGCCGGAUUCUGGAGUCCCCAGUCUGAGAGCUGCGGCUCCAGGCCUCUUCCUGGGCGAGCUGAGCUGCCCACCCGCAGCUCCGGGGCCCUGGGCGGCGGAGGCCAACUUGCUGGUAUUGGUGCUACCAGGACCUGAGGGGACCGAGGAGCCCUUGACCGCAGCUCUGGGAGAGGCAGCGCGGGCCGCCCUGGCCCGAGGGACCCCGCUGCUGGCAGUACGGAAUCUGCGUCCUGGAGACUCCCAGAAUGCAGCUCAGGCCCGGGAUCAGACUGCGGCCUUGCUGAAGAGUGCUGGGUUAGGAGCUGCGCCUCUCUUUGUGCUGCCGGCCAACUGCAACAGCGGUGACUGCGGCGAGGAGCUAGAGCGCCUGCGGGUGGUGCUGCGGACCCAGGCGGAGGCGCUGCAGAGGUUCCUGCCACCUGCCCAGGAUGGCUUCGAGGUGCUGGGCGCAGCAGAGCUGGAAGCUGUGCGCGAAGCCUUCGAAACCGGUGGCCUGGAGGCGGCGCUGUCGUGGGUGCGCGCUGGCCUUGAGCGCCUGGGCAGCGCGCGACUGGACCUGGCGGUGGCCGGCACUACCAACGUAGGCCUUGUACUAGACAUGCUAUUGGGACUGGAUCCUGGCGACCCAGGUGCUGCGCCUGCUUCGGAACCCACUGGGCCCACCCCUUAUCCGGCUCCAGAGCGCCCUAACGUGGUGCUCUGGACCGUUCCCCUGGGCCCCACCGCCACAUCCCCUGCCACCACCCCUCACCCAACCCACUACGAUGCCCUGAUCCUCGUCACUCCUGGGGCUCCCACCGAAGAGACCUGGGCCCAGGUCCGCUCAUUGGUGUCACCAGAUGCUCCACUCGUCGGCGUGCGCACGGACGGCCAGGGCGAGGAUCCACCCGAGGCUCUGGAAGAAGAAAAGGCUGAGAAGCUCGAGAAAGCAAGCGGCGGGAGCUCAGGGGAUGCCCGCAGCGAAGGAAAAGAAAACCGUGGCUCCGGGGACUCGGGCCCCACGGCUGCUCGGAGUCCGGAGGACGAGCCGUGGGAGGUACUGGAGGAGGUGCCUCCGCCGGUGUUCCCUCUGCGGCCGGGUGGUCUCCCGGGGCUGGGAACCUGGCUUCAGCGCGCACUGCCUGCGGCUCAGGCCGGGGCGCUGUUGCUGGCGCUGCCACCCGCAAGUCCCCGCGCAGCGCGGAGGAAGGCGGCGGCGCUGCGGGCAGGAGCGUGGAGGCCAGCCUUGCUGGCCAGCCUGGCGGCGGCGGCCGCCCCAGUACCAGGAUUGGGCUGGGCUUGCGAUGUGGCACUUCUCCGGGGACAACUGGCUGAAUGGCGGCGCGCGCUAGGCCUCGAACCAGCGGCAGUGGCACGCCGUGAGCGUGCCCUGGGCCUUGCCCCUGGAGUGCUGGCCGCGCGCACGCGCUUCCCGGGCCCGGUGACCCGCGCUGAGGUGGAGGCCAGAUUGGGAUCCUGGGCUGGCGAGGGCACCGCGGGAGGCGCGGCGCUGGGUGCGCUCUCCUUCCUAUGGCCCGCAGGUGGCGCAGCGGCGACCGGUGGGCUGGGUUACCGGGCUGCUCAUGGGGUACUGCUGCAGGCCCUGGAUGAGAUGCUGGCUGAUGCUGAGGCGGUGCUGGGACCCCCAGAGCCCAACCAAUGAGGGGUGUGGUGGGGGGGCCGGAGUGUCUGGUGACUUGGUUUCUGGCCCCACAGCUUCUGAGAUUGAGGGGUGAGGGGUAGUACUCAAACCCGGGGACUUGAAGGAGACUGACUUCUCGAUGAAAUCUGCAACUUCACAGUCACCCGAUUUCCUGGGUUCUGAAUGAGUCACCAUAGGGUCUGAGCACCAUUAGUUUGCCAUUCAGACAGUAAUGUAGUGAGGGGAGUUGGGGGCUGGACUCUGGAAAUGGGAGCCGCUUGGCCUCCAGCUGGCAUCUGGUCCUAGAUCUGGACGCCUCAAUUCCUGCCUGACUGUAGGUGGACCUAUGGCUGUGGACGGUGCUAUAGGGAGUUAGAACCCUUGGAGUGCUGAGUCCCAAAGGAAAACGAGAUGUAAGUUGCCCCAGAAAGAACAGGUUUUCAGGACCGACCCAAGAGGACUUGGGACCUUCAUUUCAAAUGAGAAUCUUAAACGCUGGUUCCUAAGAAGGCUCUGUGGACAUUGGUUGUCAAUUCCUGGGUGGUGGGAAAUCCGUGGAGAUCAGGGGCUUGCUGGAGACCCCCUGGUCUCAUGGAGAGUGGAGGAUCAUCCACCAUUUGCUCUCCAAGGCUUUGUUGUAGAGAACACUGUCCCACAAAAUUGAAGGGAAGGGACAAGAGGUCUGGGAAUGGUGGUCUCCUGAUGGCCAGAAUCUGGGAAUUGGGUCUUUGGGGUAUGGAGGAGUAGAAACCUACACUUAAGAAAUACCUCCGGUGAGUCCCUGAUGUCCUGGGAUCCUGGCAACUGCCUCUCUGUGCUUUACUGGGAAGGGGUGUGAGUACCCCCACUUUAUAGGUGCUGGGUGACUGGGGUCUCUGGCAUGCGUGCUUCUGUUCACUUGAGUUUAUCACUGGUUUCUUCUGUUGUGACGACCUUAACUCUUGGGCCUUGGAGUGUUGUGGUCCUGCUUUUUUGGAAAGACAGGAGGGUCCUGCUGUGGCAGUCUAGACUUCUCUGCAUGGCCUCCUCCCAUGUCCCCAAGAUACCUGGCCCACACAGGAUGCUGCUGUGGGCAGGGUUUCCUACAAUAGCUGGGCAGGCGUUCGCUGCUGUGGGAAGGUGUCAGGAGUGAGGCAGAGGCAGAAACCACAGUGCUGUGGUUUGUUUAGGUGGCAAGUGCCACCAUAAGGUUGUUCAGUGUCAAAAGCAGAAAAGGAGGACCUGGUAGAUGGGACCACCAGACUCAGAGAUGCAGGCCAGAGGCUCAUCAACAUAGCAAGUCACUGUGUGCCUUGGUCCCCACCUCUCUCCAUUUCCAGCCCAUCUCCAGCAAGCCUGAGUUAUCUUUCUGAUGCUUGGGUCCCACCUCAGGACUGGGGCAUUUUCUCUUUUUCUGUGCAAUGCUCUGCCUCCCCAUCCUUUUUUUCAGAUUGUGUCCUCAUCCAUCAGGUCUCCCUGAAAUGGCCCCUUCAGAAGCCUCCUAAUGACCCCAAGUAGCUUACACGGAUCCUGGCCACUUGAUGGUCCUUGUAGUAAACAUUACUAUCAAUAAUGGAUUUACAGGCUGGGCAGUGGUGGUGCACGCCUUUAAUCCCAGCACUCGGGAGGCAGAGGCAGGCAGAUCUCUGUGAGUUCGAGGCCAGCCUGGGCUACAGAGCGAGCUCCAGGGCA